AUGGACAGCAACGGCACCGACUCGGAUAUGGAGAUGGACGACUCAGGCCCCAGCAACACCACCACCACCAUCACCGUCUCCAGGACAACAUACACAACUUCUUCCACUUCCACGUUCACAGCUUCGGUCACCACAAGUACCACCUCAACGCACACAGCUUCAUCCAGCACGUCAAGCAAGUCACUCUUAUCUGCCACGAGCUCCUCUUCAACAUCCUCUACUCAGAGUUAUUCGAGCACGAGCUCCACGUCCACUUCCAGCACGAGCUCGAGCGAGUCCAUCUCCAGCACCGCGACCACCAGCAGCAGUUCGAGCACCAGCACAACCAGUGCGACGUCAACAGUCAGCACAAGCAGCACCAGCUCAAGCAGCUCCACGACGAGCAGCAGCACGACUAUUUCCACCAGCACCACAUCAUCUUCCAGCAUCACGAGUUCCACAACUUCGACCUCCAGCACUAGCUCAAGCAGCAAGACCUCAAGCACCAGCUCCUCCACUACCGUCUCCACCACAAGCUCCAGAAGCUCCACAAGUUCGGUCACCAGCACGAGCUCUACAACCACGCAUACCCAGACAAGCACCGUCACCACAACCACCAAUUCCUCGCUGUCCAUGGUGAACAUCAGUGACUUGGAGCUCUGUAUUGACGCCUGCAAGGAUGCAUUGGUGGCUUUCUGGCAGAAUGCCUCCGGAUCCCAAAACAUCAGUGCCAACCUGACUGCGACGCUGGCGGCCACCUGCCUCAGGCAAUGCUUGGCCAAUGGGACGGCCACCGUCAGGCCGGAGGAGCAACCCACCCGGUUCUGCUCCGUGCUGGACGUCACGCUCUUUCGUGUCAACUCGUGCCCGGUUCCUGGUGGCAAGCACAGCAUAGCUGUCAAGCCCACGCCUGGUGGGUUCGCCAGUCGGGCCUCACUGAGCGAAGCAGACUACGAUCUGGAGCAGCAGCUGACUGUCGUGAACAUGGACCCCUUUGGCAGUCCGGUGGCUGGUGGCAAGGUGAUCACAGUGCAUGGUGUUGGCUUUCCGCAGGAUGUGGACAAGGCGCACAUCGUGCUGGAUCAGAUCGGGCCCUGUGAGGUGCUUCAAAGUACUCAGCGCGAGCUGACCUGCAUCACGCCCUACAUCAGCCCCCAGCGCUUCGCGCUACUCUGGAACACGUCUGGCAAUGCUUUCUUCCAUAGUGAUGGCAGCAUGGUGUUACCUGUACCUGUCUACAUGUCCGUUGGCAGACUGGUGCCACGACUGCUGCGGCAAUUUUCGAGAUGCGUCAGCGAAGAAAUGGAGGCUGAGGACACCAUCCGCGGUCUGACGCUCCAGGAAUGCGCGAAGCUCUGUACAUCCAGAUAUACAAGCAGACGCUGCACUUCUUUCUCACACGGUUAUCGUGGCAGUGCCGUCCAUACCUGCUCCAUCUUGUCGGAUCCACUGGGGUGUCAUCGCAUGGUUCAUGAUGUGGAGUUCCAUGCGUAUGACAUCACGGAUGCGGACAGCAACGGGACAGUGGCAUCGUGGCCGGCCCUGAUUCUGACCACAACAGUCGUUUCGGUCACGAGCACCACGGUCACGCACACUGCCGGUCCAGGAAACACUACAGUGACCGAAACGUCGACAUCUUCGAUCUCCACCACCAGCACCAAAAGCACGACUUCCUCGAGGACUACAACCUCAAGCACAUCAACAGCAUCACAAACGACCUCGACAAGCACAUCGAAAACUCAGUCCUCAACCACGACGACAAGUGUAACGACAACAAGCAUGACAACCACAAGUCUGACGGCCACUUCCUCGUCAAUCACGGCCACCAGCAGCACAUCAUCUUCUGCGACCCAGACUUCAUCGACGGAGACGUCUAGCACAAGGACUACGAGCACCAGCAGCACUCACACAGGGACUUCAACGCAGACCAGCACAACGACCACGGAGAGGACGUCUACAACAACAAAGACGGGAACGAGCACAUCAACCAGCAGCACAGUCACGACGGUCACCAUCACUGUCACGUCCGUCACCACAAGCACCACCAGCACUACUUCGCGGACCAGUACAACCACUACCACGACCACAACCACCACAUCAUUGGAUCCAGAGGCCUUGUCCUUCUUGGUUGAGGAUCACGGGCCACAGGCGACAUCCAUGGCCCCAACCACUGGCCCGGAAAACACCACGCUUGUCAUCCAUGGACACGGCCUGGGAAUGCACUGGGGUGCGGUCUACUUCGUGAAGCCGGGCUCUGCCUAUGCAACCUCAGGUGAUGCCAGCAGUUGUGAUGUGACGUCCUGGCAGUCGUCCGAGGUCGAGUGCCUAGUGCCGCCACUUGCAGCAGGCGCUUACCAGGUUCACGUCAGAGUGCCGUACAUCGGGGAUGCCGUUGCCCCUGAGCCCUUCAUCGCACCUCUGCUGCUUUCGGCUGUCGGCCCCGUGACAGAGUUGGAGAUGCUGCUUGGAUCGAACGGCACAGAUCAUCCGGAGGAAGCAACCACGGUGUUGCAGCUUCGCAGUAGUAUGGCCGGUGGGCAGGAGCUCGUCCUCAUUGGUGCGGGCUUCGGCCAUGAAAAAGAGGCAACCCAUGUGACGGUCUGUGGUGCUGCCUGCGAAGUGCUGCACUCCAACCACUCGGAGGUCAGGUGCCGAACGCCCCUGCUGCUGACUGACGUCCAUGAGGUGCUUGAAGAGCUUCCACUUCAGGAUCUCCGGCCCUACUUCGGACUGCAAUUGGGCGUGUCUGGUUGGCCUUCCAGGCCGGAGGAGCUGCGUCGGGCCGUGGAUGGAGCCGUCGACGAGGACGUGGUUCUCAGCGGGAUGGACGCCUGCAGUAUUGAGUUCGAUGCUGGUCCGGAAGCGCUGAUCAUGCUCUCCAGCCUUGCGUUCUAUGCGCCGCCGGAGGUCUCUCUCCGCAUGGACCUCGUCGGGAGCGCCUUCCAGACAGGCUUUUUUGACGUGAUGGAUGGCAACUACACUCCGGAGGAACCCGAGAAGCCGGAAGACUUCCCUGGCUGCGACGAGGCAAACGACAGCAACGGCAGCAACCAGAGCAAUGGAAGCGACUGUAACAUCACCCUUCCAAGACGAGUCAUGCCCGGCUUCACCUCGGACUGGCAGACGGUGUGGGCCCUGGAGGUCCAGCCUUCUGUGGGGUGGAACCAGCGGACCUUUGAUCCCCCACUGCAUUUUGAACGGCUGCGGCUGCUGGGCCCGCAGGGCCUGGGUGCAGGAGGCUGCCGAGUGCGGGAGAUCUCCAUGAGGGGCCACGUGAUCGUGAAGCCGCUCAUGGGAUGUCCUGUGGAGGUCACCGUGUCCAAUGCAGCCCCAGCAGUCGCAGUUGCAGACGAGGCACCUCUGGACCAUCUCGUGCUGGAUGCCAAAGCAGUGGGCGCUGGCCAGCUGCAGCUUUCGCCCAGAGGCUCCGUCAGUUUCUGGCUGAGUGUGGCUGCUGCAGUGACCGACAGCCCGCAGCUUCAGAUCGAGGCAGCGGUCUUGCCGGACGAGCAUUGGCCACUACAGUCAGUGACGCUCCAGAUCAAUUCUUCAAUGCUGAGUGACAUGCCUUCUGUGCCAGAUCUGUCGGACGAGCUGACCUUUCUCAGCGAUGGCGAAGCUGCCAUGACAUGGAGUUCUGUGGCUUCAUUGCCACUGCCUCCAGGGCUUUGGAAGGUGGAGAUCUUCUCGCCUGCACCUGUUCCUCUUCAGCUGGGAAGGCUCCGCUCUUUGACUCCAGGUGUCCAACUCCUUCCGGUGAAGAUGCGCACCAAGCAGGCGGUCGUCUCGCCUCGCCUGGAUAUGACACCUUUGGUGAUGUCCAUUGUGCCUUCACACGGCCCCUUCUCUGGAGGUACUUCUUUGAUCCUUGGAGGCAGCGGGUUCCUCUGCAACGAGACGAGCGCCAUGCAAGACAUCUCGGUGGUGCUCAGGGGCACUCGCUGUGCUGUGAGCUUCGCCACCGAUUCGGAGAUCCACUGCACCACGGGGGCUGCAUCGUCGAUGGGAGGGAAGGCGGAGCCAGAAGUCAUCGUUGCGGGAUGUGGCAAAUCCAUGAGUGCAGCUACGGCCACCUUUACCUAUGUGAGCAGAUGGUCCGAUCCAACCGACUGGCCUUUCAAUGAGCCCCCGAUAUCGACGGACCAGACUUGGAUUCCACCAGGGAGCCACGUCAUCCUCGAUGUGCCCACCGAGCCGCUGGGGCUUUUGCGACUCGAGGGACACCUUCAGAUGGACCUGCAAGCGGAGGCAGGGUUGUGGUAG